CUUUAUAGAUUUUUUUUUAACCUCGCUUCUUUAGCGAACCCAUCCCGACGAUCAGAUCCCCAGUUCUACCCACCCGAUAUUUACACAUAACCUUUCGGAGGAGUGCAAUCAUGCCGAGUCGGAAGAUCGCCAUUGUCUCUGUCUAUGACAAGACGGGACUGUUAGACCUGGCCAAAGGUCUCAACCAGCAGAAUGUGCGCAUUCUCGCCUCGGGCGGCACGGCCAAGCUGAUCCGCGAGUCUGGGUUUCCCGUUGAGGAUGUUUCCGCCAUCACCAAUGCGCCCGAGAUGUUGGCCGGCCGCGUCAAGACGCUGCAUCCAGCUGUGCACGCCGGUAUUUUGGCCCGCGACCUCGCCUCGGACGAGAAGGAUCUGGCGGAACAGAACAUUAACAAGGUUGACUAUGUUAUCUGCAACCUGUAUCCCUUCAAGGAUACUGUCGCCAAGGUCAAUGUCACCAUCCCCGAGGCCGUGGAGGAAAUCGACAUUGGCGGCGUGACCCUCAUCCGGGCGGCAGCGAAGAACCACAGCCGGGUCACCAUUCUGAGUGACCCCAACGACUACGCCGAGUUCCUCAAAGAGCUGGAUGCGGGAGAAAUCACCGAAGCCAGCCGCAAGCGGUACGCCCUCAAGGCGUUCGAACACACGGCUGAUUACGACACUGCCAUCUCCGAUUUCUUCCGGAAGAGGUAUGCUGGCGAGGGCAAGCAGUAUAUAGGCCUUCGGUACGGUGCCAACCCGCACCAGAAGCCUGCUGCUGCUUUCGUGAGCGGCGGCGACCUGCCUUUCAAGGUGCUCUGUGGAUCCCCCGGCUACAUCAACCUUCUGGAUGCCCUCAACGCUUGGCCGUUGGUCAGGGAGCUGAAGCGAGCUCUGGGGUUGCCCGCCGCAGCAAGCUUCAAGCACGUCUCGCCUGCCGGGGCGGCCAUCGGUAUCCCCUUGACCGAUGAGGAGAAAAAAGUGUACUUCGUGAACGACAUCGAGGGGAUCGACUCCUCUCCCCUGGCGCAAGCCUACGCCAGGGCGCGUGGGGCGGACCGCAUGAGCAGCUUCGGAGACAUGAUCGCCCUGAGCGACAAGGUGGACGUGCCGACUGCCAGCAUCAUCUCCAAGGAGGUCUCGGACGGCGUCAUCGCGCCCAGCUAUGAGCCGGCCGCCUUGGAAAUCCUCAAGAAGAAGAAGGGAGGCAAGUAUCUCGUCCUGCAAAUCGAACCGUACUGGGAUCCCAGCAAGGUGGAGACGAGGUCGGUGUAUGGCAUCACUCUCCAGCAGCACCGGAACGAUGCCAGGAUAGCGCCCGACAUUUUCGAGACGGUCAUUACGCCGAAGGAUGCAGGUCCGCUCCCGGUGGAUGCCUUGCGGGACUUGACCGUGGCCACGCUGGCCGUCAAGUACACGCAGAGCAACUCCGUCUGCUAUGCCAGCAGGGGUCAGGUAAUCGGAUUAGGCGCGGGUCAGCAGUCGAGGAUCCACUGCACACGCCUUGCGGGCGACAAGGCCGACAACUGGUGGCUGCGGUUCCACCCCCGCGUCCUGGGCAUCAAGUGGAAGAAGGGCACGAAGAGGCCCGACAAGAGCAACGCGAUCGAUCUCCUCGUCAGCGGCGAGCUACCCAAGUUUGGGCCGGAGCGUGAGGCAUUCGAGGCCGUCUUCGAGGAAGUUCCCCAGGCUUUCUCGGAAGAAGAGCGGAGCGAGUGGCUCGGCAAGCUGGACAAUGUGGCGGUAUCGAGCGACGCUUUCUUCCCGUUCAUCGACAACGUCUUCCGGGCGUCCAGGUCCGGGGCCAAGUACAUUGCGGCGCCGGGAGGCAGCCAAAAUGAUUCGGCUGUCUUUGCGACGGCCGAGAAGCUCGGCAUCACCUUCGUGGAGCAGAACAUCCGGCUGUUCCAUCAUUAGUUCUAGGCGUCUGUGACUUGGUUGGAUGGAGUUGGUUUGGUAGUUAUAAGGUCGGAAAAUAACAACAAAAAUCGUUGCUUAAAAAAAGAAACGGAGUUGUACUCAACGUACUUGAACGUUACUGGUAAUACAUUCGAGGUGUUUUUCGGGGGAAGGAGCUUUUUGUUGUUGAGAACAGGAGCUGGGAAUAUUGGUAAGAAUUCGCCAUCAGUUACCAUCAGUCACCCUCAGCUGAACCCCUCUCCAUAACCACACAACUGAAGGGAUAAUACCUACUUUCAGUCGAUCUCUCGGCAAAUAGAUAAUUGCAUGUUGGUUUCAUUUUGAGAACUGAUGGUACAAAGGCGUCGUCGGUCGGGACGUUUUGCAGGGG